GUUGCUGACAGUUGUGAUCUUUGAGUAAGCGCGGCAGAUGAGAGCGGAGCAUCCACAGAGGCAGCGCGAGUCACGUGACCACCUUGUCUGCUGCUGGCCGAGAGGCGUGUUAGCAGGUUUUUCUAUUUUGUACAUACAGAGUUUUGUAUAUACUGUAUAUGAUGAGCUCGCUGGGCAGCGAAAAGUCCCGGGGCCCUCGGGAUAAAGCGCUGCCAGCUGCUACUCAUGUAUCACAACCACAGAAGCAAAUACAGGCUACUGCUGAGCAGAUCCGCCUUGCUCAGAUGAUCUUUGACAAGAAUGAUGCUGACUUUGAGGACAAAGUUAAUCAGCUGAUGGAAGUGACCGGGAAGAACCAGGAUGAAUGCAUGGUAGCUCUUCAUGACUGCAAUGAGGAUGUCAGUCGAGCCAUCAAUUUCCUCCUGGAAAGCACCUCAGACAUGACCUCAUGGGAAACGGUAGGAAAGAAGAAGCCCCUACUGAAGGAGAGCCCUGCAGAAAGCAAAGAGAAUAAAGAGAAUAAGGAGAAGAAAGGAGAAAGGGAAGCGUCCAAGGGCCGGGCUACCACCAACCGCAAAGGCAAAGGGGGGACUCGAAACCGACAGGCACGACCAGAGGAGAACGGUGUGGAGGUCGCUCCUGUGGACAGAGGUGCGGAUCAAGGUCGAAGGGUCAAAGGAAGCAGAGGUUCUGGAGGUCGAGGUGGCGGCAAGGCAUCAACAGGGAGCAGGUUCUCAGCCCAAGGCAUGGGACAUAAACAUUUCUGUGGUUUAAAGCAUAAUGAGUACAAAAAGAGACAGCUCUCUUUUAAAAGCGGGACUUUCAACCCUGCUGACUAUACCUCAGAGUCUGGAACUGGGACCACACAAGCAGAGGUUUGGGAAACUGUUGCCUCCAAUGACAACAACAACAACACAGACGGGACCGUUGCUUGGAGGAGUACUUUGGAAGAUUGGGCAGCUGAAGAAUGGACUGAGGAUGUCAGUCUGUCAGAGACCAAAGUGUUCACUCCCUCAUGUGCACCUGCUGCUGAGAACCAUAUCACACCUGGGCAAAGUCUGGACCUCGCUACGCUGCUUCAGAAGCCUGGCACUGGAGGAAGACAACCUCCGUGCUCCACUUCCUCUCAGAGUCUGGUGUUCACAAACUCCCACCAUCACCAGCAGCCGCCCCCGAGCCGCAUCACAACCAGUGGCACAAGCUACGCACAUGCUGCUCUGUCUUCAGUUUUGGGAGCUGGUUUUGGGGAUUUGGGCCAGGCCAAGAGGCCUCAGCCCAGUGCUGGUGCUCAGAUACUGGAACAGCUGAAGGGUCCCGGUUUGGGUCAGCUGCCCUCAUCCCAGGCUGCCCCACCUGUAAGCACCCAAGGGGGCAACACUUCUAUCGGUCGACUGCCAGGUUUGGGAGCAUCUGUAUCUCCACCCUCUUCCUCCAGCUGGGACAUGAAGACUUCAGAUUCCAACACCCCCUCUCUGACCUCACAAUUCAGUCGGGAGUUUGGCUUACAGCCAGAGCCUUCUCUUGUGCUGAGCCAGCUGGUUCAGAGGCACACAGGCCCCUCCUUGCCCUUGGCACGUCAGCCCAGUCCUCUAUUGCAACAGCAAGCACCCCCUGCUCAGUGCCCCCCUGCUUCCCAAUACUCAAGCACGCCAGCACAGGCUGGCCCAGUGAUGGCUGGUGUUAAACCUGCUCCUUCUGCAGGGCUGGACCCUCAGGGCAGCAGCUUGCCACAGCCGCAUCGGGGGCAGCUUAAAGGUCCUAAACGCAGAAUACCUCCUGCUUCAAAGAUCCCUGCCACAGCAGUGGAGAUGCCAGGCUCAGCUGACAUUCCCGGACUGAACCUGCAGUUUGGAGCUCUAGACUUUGGCUCUGAGUCCGCUUUGCCGGAGUUCGGGGUUGUGGACAACUGUGUGAGUGCAGCUUCCAGAGAAUCCACGCCGGCGCCCGCCCCAGCGCCACCUGCAUCAGGACUCGGGGCGCAGAGCCAGAAGAGCCUGUACUCCAAACCAAUCAGCGAGACGCUGGGAAAGCCGCUCUCAGUCAACCUGCCUUUGCCGCUCUCCUCGUCAGAACAAGGAUAUAACUCCUCCUCCGUGGCAUUGUCCAGUCUCACUCCCUCAUUAGGGACGUCAAGCUCCACCAACUCUUCAUCAUCAACAACCUCCACCACCUCCUCCUCUGCACCCUCUUCCUCACACUACUCCUCCUCGGUCGGGGGGAGUUAUGACAGUACAAUGCCCCCUCACACACGCCUGGGCUUUUCCCAGAGCAAAGAGGCCACAGGGCCAGUGAUGAACGGUUUGAACGGUGUGAGGACCUCAGCUGCUCUAGACACCUCAUCAGCUUCUUCCACGCCAAAGCCUGAGUCAUUAUCUAUGAACAUCAACACCAAUGGUCCAUCUGCACCUUCCUCCCACCUUCCCUCCACCCUGACUACCCACAACUCCACCACGCUCUCCAGCUUGGCACAGGAUCUGCCUUCAGUGACGCAGCUCAGCUCACUCAACAGUCAUGUCAGCAGUCAUUCGUCAGUUUCAGCUCUGGGUUCCAGCUCUCUCACUUACACAAGUGUGGACAGCAGCUCCGCGGCUUCCUCGUCUGGUUCUUACACAUCGUCACAGCCCGCAGCCUCGUCGCUCCACUCCUCCCACAACAGCAGCAACAGUAGCAGCAGCAUCAGCCACCUGGCCAACAUGCCCAACAUGCCCAACAUGCCCAACAUGCCCAGCAUGCCCAGCAUGCCCAGCAUGCCCAGCAUGCCCAGCAUGGGAAACAGUAUGAGCAGCACCGUCGGGGGAAUUACCGGCACCAGUGGACUGAGUUCGGCUGCCACUAUGGCCUCCAGCUCAGUGCUGGGUCUUGGCUCCAAUGGAGCUACUGCCACACCCAACCUCUCUGCACCAAGGACCACACCCCUGCUGUCCUCCACCGGUAAAGCUCCACCUAACCUGUCUCAAGGAGUGCCUCCUUUACUACCCAACCAGUAUAUUAUGGGUCCAGGGGGACUGCUGCCUGCUUACCCACAAAUUUAUGGAUACGAGGACCUCCACAUGCUCCAGUCCAGACUGCCCAUACCCUCUUUGCAGGAUUAUUAUGGAAUCGCAUUCCCUGGCCCCACAGCAACUCUCUCUGGCAGAGAUGGGAGCCUAACCAACAACCCCUACUCAGGUGAAGUCACAAAGUUUGGCAGGAAUGACUCCACCUCCCCUGCACCUCCCACAACGAGCCUGUCCGCUCCUCAGCCUCCCCAGGCCCAAACCCAAGGACAGAACCAAGCCCAGCCUCAGCCUCCUCAGGCCCAGCUUCAGCCCCAGGGCCAGCCACAGCACCACAGCAGUCAGCAGGCCUUUCUGCCACCAGGCUACAGUUACCCCGGCCUGCCUUACUACCCCGGAGUGCCCGGCGCAGUUCCCAGUGCUGCUGCCUUCCAGUACGGACCAACCAUGUUCGUUCCUCCUGGAGGACCUGGACCGGCUUCAGCCAAGCAACACAGCCUGGGUCUGGGAAACCCCUCGGCUAGCCCCUUCCAGCAGCAGGCACAACAGCAGCAGCCAAGUGGUUACGGCCAGCACACAUUCAGCUCAGGGUAUGAGGAACUGACUGCAGGACCAGCUGGGGCAGAGUACAGUAAAGGGUACAACUCCUCUUCGCAGGCACAAGCCAAAUCUGUUGCUGCAGGACCCGGGAAAGGGGUCUCAGUCACAUCUAGUAACUCUGGUGUGCCAGACAUCAGUGGAAGUGUUUACAAUAAGACCCAGCAGUCUUUUGAUAAGCCGGGAUUCCAUGCUGGGACCCCCCCUCCCUUUAGCCUGCCAUCAGCACUGGGGGGUCCAGGGGCCUUGAACCCUGGAGCAGCUCCUGGAGGCUAUGCACCUGCCCCAUUCCUCCACAUCCUGCCUCACCAGCAACCACACUCUCAGCUGCUGCAUCACCACCUAGCUCAGGAUGGACAGGUUGGUCCCAGCCAGCGUGGUCAGUCCAGCAGCCUGCAACAGAAGAGCCAAGUCAAUAAGUCGAGCUACGGCAGCUCCCCCUACUGGGCCAACUGAGAAGGCCUCGUCUGCGGUGUGCUGGUGUGUGUUUCUGCGUGGACACACACCAGCACCCAGGGCGCCACUUUUGGAUCUGUAAUGACGAGAUCAGAGGGACAAACCAUUUUACAAAACAAGCUAAACACACACUACCCCCACCCAUUCCCUUUUUUUUCGCUCUGUAUAUCCCCCUUUUCAAAUUUAUGGCUGUUGUAUGUAAAAUAUAUUUAUGUAUUUAUACAGUAUAUAUGUAUUGGUAGGACAUAAAAUGUGGUUUUCUGCAUUGUUUUUAUUUUGAAGGACAUUUUAUUUCAAAAAAAUGUGGCUAGAUGAGAAUGCUCAUGGAGAUGAAUAUGGUGAAUAUACUUGAACACGAGCAUCUUGUGAUGUGGAUUUUUCUUUUUGUACGCCUACAUGGACUGAGAAUGAUGUAAAUAGAUUAUACGCAUCAUUUUCAUGGCAAAAAGCCUUUUUUUUUAUUUUAGAAAAUAAUGUUUUUGUAACUUUGGUCUCCCCCAUCUGUGAAUCCUUAUAUUGAGGGUGACUUCAUAGCUUGAUUCUUUUUUUCCCCCCUCCUCCUUUUCUUUAACCCGUCUUUAAAUUCUGAAUUACUAGUUGGCUGGUUUGACCGGCCCAGCCUUGGAUUUGAUGUUAUUUUAACAUUGGUUUAAUCCGUGCUGUCCAAAUUAAAAGUAUCAACAGUUUGUCUGUA